AUGUCCUCCGCUCAUUCCCUCAAGACGCUCCUUUCUUUCUAUCUGCGCAAACUAUGCCGCUUUUUUCUCGAUCUUUUCAUGUCAAGUGGCAAGAGCUUUGACGACAGUGUCCGUCCGACAGAGAAAAGACACGUUUUGGUCGUCAUUUCUGAACCCGUCUUGCAUCCAACAUUCUGUUUGACUGUAAUUCCUCCCCCACCGCCAGUCGAUGAACGAGAAUCGCAGUCUACCAUGCCCUCAACACCCUCGCUCACAUUCACCAAGCCUCGCAAUGCCCCCCGACCCCCGCACAAGAGCCCAGCCCGCGCUCGCCAGCGUCAGCAUUUCGGGAACCCUGUCAUCGAGCAUGUCGUCCAUCCUCGUUCGCUCAUGCCUCUCGAACCAAUCAUCAACCUUCCCGCUGUUAUGGUCCACAAGCUGCUUCAAGAGAUCGAGCUCAGUCGUGAGAGGUUGCAUGACUCAAAGAAACACUUUGUGGUGGAUAGACAGCUUCCUUCAACCCAUGCUCCCAAGAAUGAAAAGUUGUCUUGCGCUCUUGCAGCCUUCUCGUUUAGCAAGCGGAAGGUCAAUAAGCGGCACUCUUUGUCUUGCUCCCGUGACACUUUUUUCGCCAUCAUUCCGGCCAGCCAUUCGUCGCCUGCUCUACUUCGACCGUGCAACGUGGGGUCGAGAAUCAGAAACGACGCAGAAGGACUUCUCACCGCAGUCAUGCAAGAAGCAGAAAACACGGCUACUGCUAUCGACGCGGAGGCGGCCGAAGCUGAAGACUACCCAAGUUCACGCCUGACGAUAACAUUGGUCUCAUCCAUCUCUGCAUCGCGUUCAAUGGCGGAGCUUUCCAGCGCUAGCUCACGGUCAAUUUCAGAUCUCCUCAAUGCUUUUGAUCAGGUCAUGGUUUCCCCUUCGUGGUGUCGGAUUAUGGUCAGAUCAGAAGAUAUCAAGCGACGGAGAAUGGAUGUCGAGGCCUUGGUGUGA